AUGAAUCUUUGUUCAGUACAUUUUAAAGAAAUAAUAUUCUUGUGUUCGACUUGUUCAAAAUUAGUUUGUAAACAAUGUUGUGUCAGUGAUCAUAGCAAACAUCAGUUUGAUGAUUUCGAUUCGAUCAAGGAUGAGGAAUUGAAGACAAACGGUUAUCAAGACAAGAUAUCUAAUCUUUUCGAUCGAUUAAAGACAAUCAAAUCAACCAUUGAUUCUUUGGAGUCGACACUUAGCGAAAUUAUCAAGUUUUAUGAAGAAAUGCAUAACUUCCUCAUUGUCGAAGAACACAAAAAUAAGAAACCAGUGGAAGAGCAGUUGGAGUUGGCAAAGUCACUUAUUCCAUUGGUGAUCGAGGAGAUUAAUUCACUUAAAGUCAUUACCAAUACAAUCCACCACAACGAAAGUAGCUCAGGAACUCAUGUGAUCCAAAGUCCUGGCGACUCAGAAAAUGAACACCAAAAAUAUGACAUUAACUCUAAAGAAGUUGGUGAUCUCCUCCAGGUCGUUGAACAAUCAGUUGACCACAAUCAAGUUUUCCAAGAAUUUCCAAAUUUCUUUCCGAUAACCAUUCCAGUGGAUACAAUGACCUUCCUUUCACUUGUCUCCCGCCAAGGUGGAAUGGAAAAGAAUAACUUACUCAUCACUCCUGCUAAAUACUUGGCGAUAAUUGACCAUAACCAAACCAUUAACAUUAAAUCAAAAAUUAAUAACAUGUGCCAAGUUGAAAAGUUCCAAGACAAUCGAACUAUCGUUUAUCAUAAUAGUUAUUAUGUAAAGUUUCUUGAUUUACAAACUCAUAAAACUUUCACAUUGAAAGAUGUAGAACCUUCUCAAAUGGUUCAGAAAACUAUCACCAACUUUAAAAAAGGUGUUCAACAAAUCAAUAUUCAAUCAGUAUGCUAUAAUAAUAUUAUUAAGAGGAUUUAUGUUUUGCAUAAAUCCAGCAACAAUAAUUCUCAAAUUGAAUCCAUUGAUCCAAUCAAUUUAAAUCAUCAAGUCAACCCUAUAAUUCCCAAUUUAUCAAACCCAACUCUACUUGUAAUCAAUGGUUUAGUGUAUAUAGUGGACACCUCUUGUAUUUAUACAAUGUCAGAUACUUUCCAAUGUACACCAAUAUAUAAUCUACAACAAUUCAAUAUGAGGUUGUGCACAGGAGGAGAUAAUUGUAUUAUUAUAUGUACAAAUACCAAUACUUGGGAAACUUUUGAUUUGCAAUCAAAAACCUUCUCAGUCGUUUCCGGUUUGAUAAAGAAACCUACAAAUAGUUUAUCAUAUUCCAAGAUUGUGUAUGUUCCUUCAAGUGGUACAAAUCCAAAGAUCUUAACUUUAUCAAAAUAA